UCUUCAAAUGCGGAUAUCCUGGUAUGUCAUGGCUACUGCAUGCAGGAAGCUUAGCUGCUCAGUCCAGCACACAACAGUUACACAACAACACAGAAGCGAGUACUAACAGUACUGCUGAGGCUAGGCCAGUGUGGAAGAAGCUUGCCCUGUGAAAGAUGAUCCCGUGGAAGGCUUUGUCUGGUCUGCUGCUGCUCGUUGGCUCUCUGCAGCAGCAGACCUGGGCGAAGGAAUCGAAGGGCCACGUUUCAGUGGUGAUAGUCGGGGCCACGGGAGACCUGGCCAGGAAGUAUCUGUGGCAGGGCUUCUUCCAGCUCUACGGGGAGCAGGUGAGCAGCGGGCACAGCUUCAGCUUCUACGGUGCAGCCCUUUCCGAGCCCGAGAAGGGCAACCCGGCCAUGUCUGAGAUCCUCAAGGGGCUGGCUUGCCAAGCCGACGUUGCCCCCGAAAGGUGUGCCUUACUGAAAGACCAGUUCUUGAAACUGUCUCAGUAUCGGCAGCUGCAGACAGCAGAGCACUACGCCGCUCUCAAUGCCGAGAUCCAGGAGCAGCUGAAGCAGGAGGGGCUGGUGGAAGCAGGCAGGCUGUUCUAUCUGUCUGUGCCGCCCUUCAGCUACGCGGACAUCGCCGAUAAGAUCAACAGCAGCUGCCGGCCGUACCCCGGGGUCUGGCUGAGGGUGGUGCUGGAGAAACCCUUCGGGCACGACUAUGAAAGCGCCCUGCAGCUCUCCAAGGAUCUGAAGAAGUUCCUGAAAGAGGAGGAGAUGUACAGGAUAGACCACUAUCUGGGAAAGCAGGCUGUUACUCAAAUUCUUCCAUUUAGGCAUGAAAACAGAAAAUUCUUGGAUCCUAUAUGGAAUAGGCAUCAUAUUGAGAGAGUGGAAAUAGUCAUGAAGGAAACUGUGGAUGCAAAAGGUCGCACUCACUUUUAUAACCAGUACGGUGUCAUUCGGGAUGUGAUUCAGAAUCACCUGACGGAGAUCCUGACGUACGUUGCCAUGGAGAUCCCAGUUAACAGAAGUAGCGCCGAAGAGAUUCUUAGAAGCAAACUGAAGCUCUUUGGAUCUUUACAGAGGCUUGGUAAAGGAAGCGCAGUGAUUGGCCAGUACCAGGCUUACAACUCCGAGGUCAACGAGGAACUGAACAGGACCGCAGAGCACAUAAGCAUCACUCCAACUUUUGCGGGUGUUGCGGUGCACAUUGAAAAUUCCCAGUGGGAUGGCAUCCCGUUCAUACUGACCUCGGGCAAGGCUCUGGAUGAGAGAGUUUCGUAUGUUCGUGUCCUCUUCAGGAACCAGGUGUUCUGCACCCAAAACGUUUUGAGUGUCCACUGUAAGCCCAAGCAAAUCAUCUUCCACAUCGGCCAGGGCAAUUUAAAAUACCCAGCUUUUCUGGUCAGCAAAAAUCUUUUCAAACCUCAGUUGCCAUUGAGUGGGUGGAAAGAGGUCACUGAAUAUGCGAAUGUCAGCAUGUUUGGUCAGCCGUUAUCGGAGUACUAUGUCUAUACUCCUGUGGCACAGAUGGAUGCCUAUGCUGUGUUGAUAUCCCACAUCUUUCAGGCCAAGCGGGACAGUUUUGUGAGCACUGAGAACCUGUUGGCGUCAUGGAAUUUUUGGACGCCGUUGCUUGACGGCAUAUUGCACGAGUACCCUCGUGCUUAUCCAGGUGGAGCGGAUAACGCAAACCUGCUGGACUUUGAACUUCAAGGUAACAAGGUUUCAUUCGUUCAUGAAGCUGUGGUGCUGUUGUCUCCCGUCCAAGGCGGGGCGUCUUCUGAGAGCUUUCAGAUCACCCAGGGGAAGUACAGAACGAACGAGAUGGUGUCAGCCUGGGCUGAAGAGCUCGUAUCAAGGCUGGCUUUAGAUCUUCAUAUGGCUGCGGAAGAAGCAGUGAAACAGAGCGGCCAGUUCCACUUGGCUCUUUCUGGAGGGUCCAGCCCCAUCGCUUUGUUUCUGAGGCUUGUGCUGCACCAUUACACGUUCCCUUGGAAGGAGACUCAUUUGUGGAUGGUGGAUGAACGCUGUGUCUCGCUAACUGACCGAGGCUCCAACUUUAAGAACCUUCAUGACAACCUUCUGCAGCACAUCAGGGUCCCCUACUUCAACAUCCACCCCAUGCCGGUCCUUGUGAAUCAAAGGCUUUGCGUCGAGGAGGACGGCGGACCUGAGUCUUACGAGAAAGAAAUGUCCAGGUUAAUAAACGGCACGAGCUUGGAUUGGGUUCUGUUGGGGGUCGGAGACGACGGUCACACGGCCUCGCUGUUCCGGGGCUGCAAGUUCGACACGCUUGAAAACAAGCUGGUAGCCUUGACGGAAAGCCCAUUCAAGCCCCAUCAGAGGAUGAGCCUUACUUUCUCUGCCAUCAACAAAGCCAAAAACGUACGAGUCAUAGUGCUGGGGAAGGGAAAGCACGAAAUGGUAACGCAGCUAAGCAGGGUGAAAGAUGAUCCGAAGAGGUGGCCAAUAACUGGAGUGAAACCAUCCAACGGGAAGCUGGUGUGGUACAUUGAUUAUGAGGCUCUUCUGGGGUAAUUAAUGAAAGUAAUGGAUUUUAGUGCGUGCUAUCAAAAGGUGGUUGCCUUGAAUCUGUGGAUCUCUUAACCUGAUUAUGUUUUCGUUUACAGGUCCCAUAUAUUGAGUCUUUUUAUGAAAAAAAGUCACGAUAGAGCCAAUUAAGCAGUAGGUAAUCAUUUCAACUCGUUGAACUCAUGUCAAGAUGUAAUUUCAUGGUAAUGUAAUAACCCUGCAUUACAUGGUUCCUAAUGAGAUACCAGGUGUUGCUAAAAUAAAUACCUACUGUAGUGGUGUUGUUAAUUAGUUAUCACCUCAUUGUUUACUAUGUGAUCUGUACCCUGUAACUAAAAGUAUCUUUUUUUUAUUAAAAGGUUGCUCUCUAGGAAUAA